AUGUCUGCCAACAAGAAUGGCCAUAUCAAUGGCGGCGCAAAUGGUUAUGAUGCUGGGAAUCCAAAUGGGAGAAUGAUUAGCAAACGAUUUUCCGACAUUCCCUCAGCUAUCGAUAUUCCAGUGACUGGAGAAGAUGAUGAUCAAGCAGUCGAAAUCGAUCUCGAAGAUUUACUGGACGACCCUACCGAAUUGUGUACAUUACUCGAAAAUGAAGGCGCGGCUCGCACAUAUUGGAUGACUGUUGCAUUGGCAUACGCGAAGCAGAAGAAGGUCGAUCAUGCCAUUGAGAUGUUGACGAAAGGCCAAUCUGCUAUGCGUGGCGGCAACAAAGAGAGACUAAGUAUGCUCACAUGCUUAUGCUGGAUGUAUCUCUGGAAAAGUAAAGAGGCGCCUCGCCAUCGGCCAGAUAACUUGGAGGAUGGAGAUGAGAUUAAAACGAAAGAGGAUUGGUUGAAGAUGGCGACGUCGAAUUUAAACGAUGCUUCCCGGAUUAAUCCAUCUUUUCCACCACUAUUUCUAGCUCGAGGUGUUUUGCAGCUCCUCCGAGCUUCCACUCGGCCGUUCCCUAAGAAUAAUACAGCUCCCGGCGCACUGGAUCCUGAGAAGGCUGAGCUUCUGCGAGGAGCUCAAAAGUCAUUUGAGGAUGCGAUAAAGGCCUCACAUGGCAGGAAUAUGUUGGCAGUUUUGGGUAAAGCGAGAGCUGCAUUUUCAAUGGGAAAAUACGCGGAGGCCUUGGAAGGAUACCAAGAGGCAUUGCGGUCAAUGCCCGACCUGGUAGACCCCGAUCCAAGAAUUGGAAUAGGCUGUUGUUUCUGGCAAUUGGGUUUCAAGGAAGACGCAAAAGCCGCUUGGGAACGAUCACUAGAAAUCAAUCCGGAUUCGAAGGUCGCAAACAUAUUACUUGCUCAGUUCUAUCUCGAUCAAAGCGCACAUGUACCAACGAACAGCCCCGAAUUCAUCCAGUUAUACAAGAAAGCCAUGACCGAGUACACUCAAAGAUCCUACAAGGUCGAUAAAGAUAUGCCCUUGACUUGUGCUACUUUUGCCGGAUACUUUUUAUCGCGAAAAUCUAUGCCAAAUGUCGAAGCCCUAGCCCAAAAGGCCAUUCAAUACACAGACGUCAAUGCGAUUGCAAGUGAUGGAUGGUAUUUGCUUGCGAGGAAAGAGCACUUUGAUGAUAAUUAUGAAAAGGCUUUGGAUUACUAUGGCCGGGCCGAUGAUGCGCGUGGUGGUAUUGAUAGAGGAUAUAUGCCUGCUAAAUUUGGAGCUGCGCAAUUAUCUGUGCUGAAAGGUGACUUUGGCGAAGCAAAACUACGACUGGAGAAAAUUAUUCAACAAUCCAAGAAUAUUGAAGCCAUGAUUUUACUUGGAACGUUGUAUGCGGAAGAAGUGUUCAGCAGUCAGGAAAGUGGAGUCAAGGAAGAUAAGACCACGGAAUUCAAAAAAGCUAUCGGUUACUUGGAGAAUGUCCGUACAGCAUGGAAGGAUCCCAAGAAGAAUCUCGUUCCUGAUGCCUCGGUUCUUCUUAAUCUUGCGAGACUUUACGAAACAGAGCAACCGGAGAAGAGCUUGCAAUGCCUUCAGCAAGUGGAGCAGAUCGAGUUUGACCAAAUCCCAGCUGCAGACAGGCCAGAGGAGACGGAUGACGAGGCCGCAUACAAAAGUGCUAUGCGCGAAAACUUAUCCCCUCAGCUCCUGAACAACAUAGGAUGCUUUUACUAUCAAUCCGAGAAAUACGAUCAAGCUCGCGAGAUGUUCCAAUCUGCAUUAAACGCUUGCGUUAAGGCUGGUGAAAAGCUUGAAGGUAUGGAUACCGAUGCAUUGGUCACUACUAUCAGCUUCAAUCUCGGGCGCACGUAUGAAGCUAGCGCAAUUGCACUCGUCGAGGACAAAAAGGAUUUCAAAACUGCGCUUUCUAUCUUUCGUGAAACGUUCAAGAGUGCCCUUGAUUAUUCAUUGAAGGCUCUCGAGAUUACACCUGACCAAGUUCACUACAAGUUCAAUGUUGCAUUUGUACAACUUCAACUAGCAACAACGAUUUACAAUCUACCAGAAACCCGAAGAUCCCUUGACGAAGUCAAAGGUGCAGCCAAAGGUCUAGAGGAUGCCAUUGAAGCACUUGAUGCUAUUGCCCAGCAUCCUAGUCCACCUUACCCUAAACACGACAUUGAGCAAAGAGCCAACAUGGCACGGAAUACCAUGCGUCGUCAAUUAGAACGUUCAAUACAGGCCCAAAAAGAAUACGAAGAAAAGAAUGCUUCGAAAAUCCAGGCAGCUAAAGAACAGAGAGAAGCCGAAUUAAGACGCAGGGAAGAGGCGCGUGAGGCGGCUGAAAGGGCCGACCUUGAACGUAAAGCAAAGAUUGCGGAAGAGCGACAAAAGAUUGCUGAGAGAGAUCGUGAAUUGGCACAAGCGAGAGCUGCUGAUGACAUUGCUAGAGAAGCUGCGGAAAUGACGACCGAUAGUGAGACGGGUGAGAGAGUGAAGCGAAAGAAGAUUCCAAAGGGAAGAUCAGGGGGUGGAAAGCGUAAAAAGAAGGAGGAUGGAGUUACCGAGGAUGAUGAUUCAGGUGCUGAAGAAGGCGGUAGAUCACAAAGAAGGAGUAGAAAAGCUAGGAGGGGUAGUGGAAGUGAUGAGGAGAAGCCAAAGACGAAGAAGAGGAGAUUGGCUAAGAAAGGAGGGGAAAAGAAAGAGGAGAGUAAAUACAAGAGUAGUGAGAUUGUGGUGGAAAGUGACAGUGAUGGGGAUGAUGGUGCUGAAGAGGUAAGGAAAGCAAUGGAAGGAGAGACUGGAGGAGAUAAAGAUGUGGAGAUGGGGGGCCAAACUACUAGUCAAGUCAAUGCGGCAGGUGGUGAUAGCGAUGAGGAAGAACAAGUCGUCAAAAGCACGAGGAAGAGCAGAAGGGGUGUUAUUGAAGAUGAUGAAGACGAUGAUGACAAUGCCGAUGCUAAUCCUGGCGCGGCGAAUCUACAAGAUGAUUCUCCGGGAACAGUAAACGAGGAUGCUGAUACACCAAUGACGGGGACGGCGGCAGGAAAUAAUGAUGAGUAG